UCACUUUUAACUGGUUUGGUUUUUAAGUUUGACCAAGUGUUAUUUGAGUAUUUUAGAAAACACACAGAAUCAGGCUUUAGAAAAGAAAACUGCAAUUCAAACGCGAGUGAAAUUAAACGAACUUGUUCGUAGUAGCUGAUAUUAGCACUGCAUCGGAAUAAAGUUGUAAAAUGGCCGAAGAAAACACAAAAUAUAAGAAGACCGGUACACUGGGAGGAGCUCGCCACGGUGACUCGUUCCAGGUGCACUUACUGAUGCUGAUGUACCAAGGAGCUGCUCGUGAUGAAAGUUUCAAAAAUUUCCGUUUAGCAACCGAAUGGGAAGAUGCCGAAAAAUUCGACGAUGCAGUUUUGUCAUGGGAAACAGAUGAAGGUAAAACUCAAAAUUAUUUGUUCGUCCAAGCCAAAUACAAGCAGUCUUCGGAAAUCAACGAGAAACUUUUUUUCCCGGUGAGGGAAGACGAGAAGGUAAAGGGAGAGUUUUCGAUGUACAAAUAUUUGCAAUCGUUUUAUGACAUUAUGAACAACAGUAAGUUCAAUGGUGGGAACCUUGAUUUUGUGAUCUACACGAAUGUAAAACUUAAUGACAGUUCAGAGUGGUUCGUCGAAGCUGGUAUCCAAACUACAAGUGCUCUGAAAUUGCUAGGAGGCAGCGGAGAGUUUCUUAAGGUACAAAAUACCGACGAACGCAUAAUGACUUUAUUAGAUUUUAGCAACAAAGAUUUCAACGAUUUAGUAAAAGAGAUAGAAAAUGCCUUUAGAGAUAGCAAUGAAAAGAUUAAAACCGAUUUAAUUAAAAAGUACAACGCUGAAUUAGACAAUCAAGUGCUUUUUGUUAAAAAUGGUGAGGUUCGGUUUAGUGAUAGAUUCAAGAAAAAAGAAAAUUUGAACCCUGCAGAAAUGAAACUAUAUGAGGUUGUAUCGAAUGGAGACACAAUGCAAACUAUGAUGAGUACAAAUAAGCAACUGAUUGAUGCGCUAACUUCUAAAAAACAAUCAAAGAGUAGAUUUCGAUAUUUUGAACAAAAAUAUGUUGAGAAGUUUCUUGAAAAAUGUAUCAUUGCUUCCAAUCAGCCAAACUACGAAGCUCUUGAAUUUCAAAUUACUGAAAAUUUCAAGGGGAUGCAGGGCUCUGUCUCAGAUGAUUUGUACGCCAAAAUGAUGUUUGUAGAUCUGCGCAAAAUUAUUUACAGUUGGUUGGACUGCAAGGAAAAUGAUUUUUGUGAUUUUCUAAAGAUAACUAAAUUUACAGAACUUUCAGCGAAAGUCCUUUUUACCAUUGCUGAUUUGAAGCUGGAGAAUCCGACAAACUUUUUUAAAUACGAGAUGGAAAACUUUCGCAUCAAAUUUGCAAGUUGCAGUCCUCUAGGAAAUUUGAUUGACUCUAAUUUUCCUAUGGUUGUAUAUAAAAGUACCGAAGAAGGGUUUCUAACCUGUCUUAAAGUGUAUCAGAUUUUUCAAGACCAUAAACUCAACUAUCACUAUUUGAAACUAACAGACUUGCGUCACUUUGAGAAAGAAAUAAAUAGUUUCAAGAACUCGAAUUCGGAUGUUUAUGUUCUACUGGAUGAUAAUUGUCCAGAAUCUAAGAUUUCAUAUGAGUUUUUCCAAUCAGAUUCGAUAAGCAAUAAAAUCAAACUUAUUUUUUUAACCUCCACUGAGGAUCGCGCCAAAAAUUUCUUCAGAAAUAAACCUUUUUAUUCGAUUGAAAAUUCAAAAGAUAACAUGAAACUGUUGAGCAAAGAUAGUCAAGAGAAACUUUCACACAAAUCAGUGUCAUUUCAAGGUGUUGAACUUACUUUGCAUGAACUACUUCCGACUGAAAAUCUUCGUACUCUCAUAAGUGACGAAAUAGUAGAAAAGUUGAUACAAGAAAAACGUAUUGAAAUUGGAGUUGCUUUACCUGAAUUGAAACUUGAUUGUUAUAUCACACAAAUUAUAAGUAAUAUGACGCCUAGUAGUGAAUAUUAUUCGAUGAUUCGACAAGCUACGAAAAGCUAUAGCGAAAAGGAUUUUCUCAAUCAUUCUUUCCAAUUUAACACGAUUCUGCUGUCCUCAUUACCAGGUAUGGGGAAAACUACCCUUUGGAUGAAAUUAGCUCAAGAUGCAAAGAAGUUGCACCCUACCAAUUGGAUCUUAUUUGUUCGAUUGUCUGAUUGUGCUAAAAAACUAGAAGAGCCAAACGAACUAACGAAUUUAGAAGACGAAAUUAAUCUGCUCUGUGAAAUUCUGUCGAUAGAAUCUAACUUUGAACGAAAACUAUUUUCGAAAUGGCUACAGGAAACAGAACGCAAAAUUACCAUCUUUUUCGAUGGUUUCGACGAACUUCCUAUGAAAGUAAUGGAGAAAGCUAUUUCAUUAUUUCGUAUGCUUGAAAAAGCGCGGAUUUUUAUCAGUACACGAUCCCACCAACAGGAAGUUUUGGAAAAGUCCAUUGAGAUGAAGACAUUUGACUUGCAACCGAUCAGCGAGAGUGACCAAAUAGUCCUUUUGAAAUACCUUCUCGAUGUUUCGGAUAGUCUUGAUCCUACAAAUGCAUUUGUUGAGAAACUGAUCGAAAGCAAACCGAUGAGGACCCUAACAAAUACUGCUGGCACUCCUUUAAUUAUCAACAUGCUAGCCAAAAUCUAUAAACCAUAUGUGAAUGAACUACGCAAACCGAAUGAAAACACUUCUUUGCAAUCCCUUGAUCCAGAAAACUUGGACUUUGUGGAACUAUUCGAAAAUUUUACAUACCAUUCAUUCAAACGGCAGCAUAGAGUAAAACAUGAAUUGGGCGAUAGUUUAUUGGAUAAAGAAAAUCUUUUAUAUGUAAGUUACGUUAAGCUCCAUAACUACCUCGGUCUCAUGAGUUUAAUUGGGAAAGAAGCGAUGCACUUGAUUGAAAGUGACGAGCAAGAACGCACAUCACUGGAGAAACAAGCAGAUCGGGUAGACUCUCUAAUUAUGCCAAAAUAUUCGAAUGGAAUUCCGCACUUCAUCCAUGCCACGAUAGCUGAAUUCUUUGCUGCAAAGUGUUUGGGUGAGUGUCUGCGUCGUAUGAGCUUCGAAACUAUGAAACAGAAUUUCUACAGAAAUGAUAAAUACUUUAAAAUUGACGACUUUAAAUACGAAGAUCAGCAAAUAGCAGAUAUUUAUGAUUUAUACCUAAUUGUGUUAAAGCACUACCCCUUCGUUCGGAAAAUCUUGAUUUCAUAUGCAAUAGAAAAUGAGCAGAUUCUGGAUAAAUUACUGCAAAUGUUUUCGUUGGUGUGUCCUUAUCCGUUUAAGUGGUACAAAGAACUGAUUUGUACAAUGUCGAACUGCGAUCGAUGGUACUGUGGAAUAAGGAAAUUUAUCCCAGACCACUUCAACCUCUCUUCAGAUAACUUUACGGCAAAAGACCCUAACGACCUACCAUUACAUGCUGCUGCUGUGGUUGGUAGUGCUGAAUUCGUUAAUUUGAUGUUGAAUCAAAAUGCAUUAAUAAAUUCUAGAAAUGCAAACAGGGAAACUGCACUAGAUAUAGCUUUGAAACUUGGUGACGCCAAAAUUGUCAAGCUUCUUCUGGACAAAUCAGCCAUCAUAGGAACGAUUUCAAUGUCUGAAAUACUUCGGCGGUCUAAUGAAUGCGCCCAAUUGUUUUUAGACCGAGGAAUCCCUGAAAAUAUCCAGAAAGCUAUUGGUAAUGAUGAGUCUACUUACAUGGGUGAAUAUAUUACACUUAUAGCAUUGAAAAAUUUUACACUGGCAAAAAGAAUUAUUUCAAAUGCCGUUAUUUCUCAUAAUACUAAUAGAAAAAAAUCGUUGAAGUUUUUGAUAAAUGAAAACAAUGAUUCGGCACAUGAAAUAAUUAAACGAUUGCUACAAAAUAUGAGAGUCUUGUUCGAGGGAGGAGCUAAACUCGAUAGUUAUGCCUUUAGUAUUGCCAUUUUAUUAGGAAAUCCAGUAACAAAGGAAUGUAUAGAGCUGCUACUAGAAUACGUAGUUGAUCCAGAAAAGGUCUACAAUCGACAUUUUACUGCUUUACAUUCGGCUGCAUUCUUUAAUAACCCCGAGUGUGUGGACAUGCUUAUUCAAAGAGGCUUUCCGAUUAUGGCACAGGAUAACGAUGGUAGAAUCCCUCUUCAUAUCGCCGUUGAAAAGAACGCUAAGAAGGUAAUCGAAAUAUUGCUAAAACAUGAACAAGCAACGGAAAUGUUGCGCACUUCGAAUAGAUGGGGACAAACUGCUUUACAUUUGGCCGCAGAAUCUGAUAAUUGCGAGCUCGUGAAUCUUCUUAUUGAACGCGGUGCAUCGGUAAUGGCAAAGGAUACAAAUGGUAAAAUUCCUCUUCAUAUCGCCAUUGAAAAUGAAGCUAAGAAGGUAAUCGAAAUAUUGCUAAAACACAAACAAGCAACAAAAAUGUUGCGCACUUCGGAUUUCUUUGGACAAACUGCUUUAAAUUUGGCCAUAUUCUAUGGUAAUUACGAGAUUGUGAACAUUCUUAUUGAACACGGUGCAUCGGUAAUGGCAAAGGAUAAAUAUGGUAGAAUCCCUCUUCAUAUUGCCAUUGAAAAGAAAGCUAAGAAGGUUGUCGAAAUAUUGCUAAAACAUGAACAAACAACAGAAAUGUUGCGUACUUCGGGUAAAUAUGAACGAACUGCUUUACAUUUGGCCGCAAUCUAUGAUAAUUACGAGAUUCUGAACAUUCUUAUUGAACACGGUGCAUCGGUAAUGGCAAAGGAUGAAGAUGGUAGAAUCCCUCUUCAUAUCGCCAUUGAAACGAACGCUAAAAAGGUUAUUGAAAUAUUGCUAGAACAUGAACAAGCAACAGAAAUGUUGCUCACUUCGGAUGAAAGUGAAGGAAAUGGUUUACAUUUGGCCGCAUACUAUAAAAAAUACGAGCUCGUGAACAUUCUAAUUGAACGUGGUGCAUCGGUAAUGGCAAAAAAUGAAUUUGGUGAAAUCCCUCUUCAUAUUGCCAUUGAAAAGAAAGCUAAGAAGGUUGUCGAAAUAUUGCUAAAACAUGAACAAGCAACAGAAAUGUUGCGUACUUCGGAUGAAAAUGGACGAACUGCUUUACAUUUUGCCGCAUUCUAUGAUAAUUACGAGAUUCUGAACAUUCUUAUUGAACACGGUGCAUCGGUAAUGGCAAAGGAUGAAGAUGGUAGAAUCCCUCUUCACUACGCUUUUCUUGGAAGAAUUUGGAUUGUAGUCGAAAUAUUUCUUAAACAUGAGCAGGCAUCUAAAAUGAUGAACACCCCAGAUAAAGACGGACGCACUCCUUUGCGAUAUGCCGAAUUCGAUAAGAGCCCCUGGCAUUUUAGCAGAUAUAUCAAAUUCUUCUCUUACAUGUAUUAUGAUGAGACCGAUGAAAACAUUGCCAAUAAGUUGAUCGAAUUGUUUAAUCAAUGUGGACUGACAGAAACACUGAAGAACUUCGAUGUAGAAAAACGUGAAGAAUUUUGCAAUGAGGUACGUUCUAUGGUUUUUCACGAUCCUAAAACUAUAGCAAAUACGCUAUUAAAAAAAAUUUGGCCUGAAUCCGCAAACCUUCAAAACACGUGAAAACUAGUUUUAUACCGCAAUCCUGUGAAUUUUGUUGGCAAAAUAACUAUAAUCCUAUAUAAUAUCUUUUGAACAGAAUUGUCGGAUGUCGCGUAUGGAAACGUUUUCUUUUUGUCGGGAAAUCACUGAAAACAUUCAAGUUUUUUAAUGUAAUCGGCUACAAAUGAUUCGAAGGCUUGGAAAUGUUGAAACGAUAUCUCACGAGUCUUUGAAAUUCAUCGUGAUUAAUAUUUACUUCUUCACCAGUUGACAUGUAAAUAAGUGGAAGCCAUGGAAAGAUAUCCGCGAAUGCUUCCUUUUUUAUUUAUUCCCGAAUUUUCGAUAACUUUCGGACUGAAAGAAGGAAAAAAUUGACGUUUGAUGUGACGUUGAACACAAGAAGCAUAUUUCAUCACCCAGUUCCAGUAAGCCUGUAAAAUCGAUGAACCACGAUUGGUUAUUUAGUUUCUGUCACAAAAUGCAAAAUGAAUUUUUAUGAACUUUAUUACAACUAAAAUUGAAAGUAGAUGUCGUUAAAUGUCGGUUUGUUUCGAAAAAUUUUGGAUUUGUUCAAAUGACAAUUUUUGUAAAGUUCGAGAGGUCUCGAGACUUGACGGCAAUAGCGAGAACAAUUGAAUCAAGUUUUUUAUUAUAAUCGGAUACAAAUGAUUCGAAGGCUUGAAAAUUUUGAAACGAUAUGUUACGAGUUUUUGCAAUUCACCGUGAUAUGAAUUUAUUUUUUCAUCACCAUAAAAAGGAAUCCACGAAUGCUUCCCUUUUAUUUAUUCAAGAAUUUUCGAUAGCUUUUGUUUGAUGUUUGAUGUGACGUUGAAUACAAAAAGGCUGUCACAAUAGCAAAAUAAUUUUUUAUGAUUUUUAUUACAGAUAAGCAAUUCCUUCUUGCUAGGAUUUCAAGGUAUGCAAAUGAUUCUCUAAAACCGUGGUUGAAUCUUAAAUUCGUAUUAAUAAUUUUGGUUAAAUUGCAACUCAAUUUUAAUCUUCUCAAUAGAUGUUAAACUUUGUACCUGUUGAAAAUAUAUGUCGUUAAAUGUCGGUUUGUUUCGAAAAAUUUUGGGUUUGUUCAAAUGACAAUUUUUGUAAAGUUGAAGAGGUCUCGAGACUUGACUUUUUGCAUGUGUAUAAGAAAAUGAUUUUGACGAUAGAAAUUUCGUUUAUUAAACAUCCCUCGUCGAACGACAAUAGCAAGAACAAUCGAAAUUAUUUGUUUCUCGUGUCCGAGUAAAAAGUAAUCAUAAUUUUGUUCAUAGACAUUUGCCACCAGUAAAAUAUGUUGAAUUCAUGAUUUGUACAAUGAUUGAUCAUGCUAUUGAAUAUAUUAUACAGUGAGGCUAGAUUACGUACAAAGAAUUUUUGAAAGGAUCACAACUAGUUUUCAUUGUAUUGAAAUGAGUAUGAUGAUUCGAUUUCUUGUUUGUAGAUUCAACGUGAAUAACCUGGUGGAUUGACCGAUUCCGCUACAAAAAGAAAAAAAUCUAACAUCAAACGAAGUUCUAACAGCAACUAACAAGAGUAAGAAAAAAAUGUUUUUCCUGGAUUUUAACGUAUAUCCUAUAAAUUUAGUGAUUUACAAUUCAACCACUGCUAACCAAACGAACGAACGUUUGAAUUGACAUCGCCAAUCAUUGGAUUUAUAACCAUUUAUAUUCAAAUGAGAAUUUGUCGUUAUAAGUUUAGCUUGAUAAAUGGUGUAUCCAAAUUAUUCCUCUACCCCAAUGUCUAAAUUCAUCCAUAUUUUGGUCAUGUAGUAAACCUUCAAAAACAACCUUGUAUCAUGACCUUGUGAGUCUGCAAACUACGAGAUUUUAGCUGGUGACUGAGUCCGUUGGAUCCGACACCGUUUGGAGUGUCUCGUUACGUAUCAGUCGCCAAGUACUUCGUCUUGGUAGAGUUUAUGGUCAGCAUUUUUAACGCAGCUUCUUUCUUUUUACAUACAACAAUGCUAUCAACGUCAUUCGCAAAACCAAAGAGCAUGGGGCACUCAUUGAUGAUCUUCGUAUUGUACCUUCGAGCGCUACAUCAAACAACAAAUCGGAGAGCGCAUCGUCCUGCUUCAAUCCAUCUAUUUUGACACAACACCGAUAUUAAAUUUGAAGCUUCUUGUAGUAAUCAAUGAAUAGAACGGAAUUGUAAAAUUCUACAUAAGGAAUAUAAUACCAAGACUUUCCUUUGCAUCUUGUAUGUUUGCCAUUCGGAUCACCUAUACGAUCCUCUAGACGAAACUUCACAGAAUUCCAUGCUGGGUUUUUAUACCAAGGGUCAUUACAUUGGUCGAAUAACCUCGUUAUUUUGUGAAUUAGUCAAUACCCAAUCAACGAAUUGUGGUAAAAUCGAUAAAAAUAUCCUCGCCUCUGCUCUAAGAAGCAAUAUUACAGAAAAAUUCGAAGCGAAUGCACCAAUUUUCAUGUCACCCUUUGUACCAAUUCAUCGAACAGAUAUAACAGAUCUCACUCUAAUGAAUGGUUUUAGUAUGUGGGGUGACUAGUGUAGCUGAGAUGAAUGAGAGUAUCGUUACUCUAUUUUGACUUAGUCGCUUCGAGAUGCUCGACCUCCGCUUGAAAUGGGCAUGAAAACAAAGCACUCUAAAGAGCAGUUGAGUUUGAUUUUUAUUGAUUUCGGUCAAGUAUGAAAAAAGUAACGCAAGUUACUGUUAAAAAUGCUGAACAAUUAAUCUGAUGCGUGCAACAACGACUGAUACCUAUCUCGUCAUUAAUGAUAUUGUAGUAAUAUUUGUGAUGACCUGUGAAAAAAAUGUAAUUUUCUGUAAAUAGGACAUCCAAAACUUCUUAUCAACACAAUAAUCAUGCGUAGAUGAUUCACUACAUGUUGAUGUUUGUACUACACUUUUGUAUUUUACACCUUGAGUUUAGAUUAUCUGAGUCUCGAAUGCACCAUUUUCUUUAUUUUAUGUCAGACGAUAGGUGCCAAUAAACCGGCAGUGACGUUCAAACUAAAAACUCUACAAAUAUCCUCAAAUAGUAAUUCGAAAUAGCAUUUCUACACUGAAUUUUAGACAGGAUGUGCCUUUAGGAUUUGCAUUAUAUACACGAUCAAUCAUAGGUAAGAAUGAAUGGAAAUAUGUGAUUAUUGAACACUUUACUGGUUUGCCUACCAAGGAAAAAAAUAUAUUCUUAUGUUGUGCGAUUCUUUCUGAUCAUAUUUAUGUAAUUUGUAGCAGAAAGUAUAGGAAA